GGAUGCCAUUCAACAUCGCGACGAAACAAGGGAAAUACACAUAUGAUCUGAUGUUCGUUUGUGAUGUUCGUUGUUUGAAAGAUAAUGAGCUACUGCUACAUCAAGUAUAAUGAACUUGUUCGUUGGGAAUAAUAAAGAACCUUCAACCUACUUGAACCUUGAACCUUGAAGAAUUACAUCAUGAUUCUGAAGAUUCACUAAGACAUUAACAUUUAUUUUUAUGAUUAAUAGAAAUAAUCUAAAACUAAAUCUAAUAAAGACUUUCUCGUUCUCACUUAUAUUAAUCCACCAUCUCUAAUCUGUUUCCGAGCACUUCGACAAAGUGACUGGCGAUUUCCUCCUGCACGACGAUGCCCCACUUCCACCAGUACAACCCGGCCAACCAGAACCAGAAAAGCCGCCACCGACUAUCAUCUCCACGCGAAUCCUCCAACCUAGGGACAUCGCCGGAAAAAACCUCAGGAAUGCCGCACUGUCGAAGGAUGUGCUGUCUAGGAUGCAGCCAGCCACUGAGAAGAUGAUCCUGGCUUUUGCGGAUUUAAUCAAUAUUUAUAUUAAGGCUAGAAGAAGUCUCCCAUUUUCGGAAGCAUCUGGAAGCUGUCCCAUGAUUGGGGGAGAGAAGCAUCAAGAUGCAUUGCAAUCUCCCAUUUUCACAAGCAUCUUCCUUGUGCUUCCCGUAUAUACAUUCAAAGGGAACAAGAUGAAAAGGGACGGAAGAUGCCGCUCAAGAUGGAAUUCUUCUAGCUUUAAGAAUAAUUGCCUCUCCUUAGACCCAGCAGGACGAAUCUCACCCGAAAUUGCGCUCUGUUUAGAGGAUCAAUUCUCACUCACAAAUAAACAAAGUUGUGAUCUACUUGUUGUGCUCAUGAUAUGCUUAUGUUACUUUUUUUGUCAACACAAAAACCCCAAAUACAACAAUAGUAGAGCUACUUUUGUUUUCCAUAUGCGUGGAGAUGAAAAUGCUGAUGAUUUUGGAAGGACUUUCUUUCAUUUUGGAAAGUCGAACAAACAUUUACUGAAAAGCUUCAUCUGAGACGGCAUGUAGAAAGCGAAGCG